AUCAAAGAUAUUGUAGAAAGUUACACUACUUGGAAGAAUAUAAAAGCUACUAUCCUAAAGUUGGCAAAAGUGAAAUAUGAUAUUAAAAUAAAGAUUGAAUAUUUGAUGAAUCUCAAGUUGAAUGAAAAUGAAAGUGUUGAAAAAAUAAAUCAACAAUAUCCUGAAACCUAUAAAGAGGCAAAAGAUUAG